AUGCUGAUUGCCUUUCAAAAUAAACUGAUCUACAUGGGAUACAUUCCCAUGGGCUCCCGUCACGAGCGAUUCGUCAAAGACGAAACUCUCCAUUUACAAGUGGAAGAACACGCUGUGUCCACACCCGACGGACAUCGUUUACGCGGGUUUAUCGCUCACGGCCCUGUGCAGAAUAAUGGGCCCAUCAUUAUCUAUUUUCAAGGCAAUGCUGGCAAUAUGAUCCACCGACUCCCCUUGUUCAAGACAAUGAUGAGAGCUGUACCCAAUGCUACGGUCGUUGGCAUUUGUUACCGCGGAUACGGAAGCAGUACAGGGCGCGCCAACGAAAAAGGGCUUUUGAUAGACGCAGAGGCCAUUUAUAACGAUGUCAAACAACGCUAUCCUGAACGAUCGAUCUAUUUGUACGGCCACAGUCUCGGCGGAGCGGUGGCUGUCCAUUUGGCUGCUCAAUCUCACAUCUCUGUGCGUGGCGUUAUCCUGGAAAACACGUUCACAAGCAUUCUGGACAUGGUGAAAGCUAUGUACCCGCGUUACACGCCUUAUCCGUUAAUUGCAAAGUACUUCCUGUGGAACCACUGGCGUAGCGAGUCCGUCAUAACCCAAGUCAAAGCGCCCAUUCUAUUUUUGUCAUCCGAAAAAGAUGAGAUUGUGCCCUAUGCGCAUAUGCAAAAGCUUUGUGAACGCGUAAAAGAUCGGGCAGUAUUUCAAACAUUCAGAAAAUCAACCCAUAUGGAUAUCUUUGUCGUAGAGUCGACUCGUUUUAUUACCUCCAUACGGGACUUUAUUCAAGCUCGCGAAGGUACACUGUGA